CCAAGCAGAGGGAAAGGAAUCAAGCGUGAGUAAAUACGGUUGAAGCAUGAACAAGACAGAAUUCAUCACUGUUGCAGCAUUUGCCGUAUCGUUGCUGUUCCACAUGACCCAAACUGAAGUCUGUCCUCCCUCCUGCAAUUGUAAGUCUCUGGGAGAAAUGAAGGGUUUGCAAAUAGACUGCAGCUCAAGGAAGCUGACGGAAGUGCCUGCCUUGCCCGUUAACACCAAGAGGCUUUAUCUACAGAACAACAGCCUGACCUCAGUUCCUCCUGGUGCCUUGGACAGCUUGCUCAGCCUGGAGGAAGUGAAAAUAUCUGACAAUCCUUGGAACUGUGACUGUCAUAUUCUGUACCUAAAACUCUGGUUAGAAGAUGUCUCUGCACCCUCUCUUGCAAACAUCAGAUGCGCAACCCCAGCUCCCGUGAGGAUGAAGCCCUUGAGCCAGCUGACUGGGAAUGAACUGGGGAUUUGUAAGAGGCUUCUCCCAAUCAAGUGUCUUGAGUUCUUUUGGCGAGACCUCAUUUUAAUUGCUGGAGCAAUAAUUACACUUAUUUUAGUAGCAUGGGCUCUGAAAUUCUCAAAAAAGCUGGUCUGCCAAAUAAACCUAAGCCAAUAUGACUCUAGGGGCUGA